AGUGGAUGAAGAGAACGUAAUCUUGGAUACGCUGCUUAGCUUCACUGCCACAAACGCAAAGCUUUCUCUCCCUCUUCGUCUUCUUCCAUAUGCAUCGCUCUUAAAAAACCGUUUAUCUAUUCACAAUGGCCGUCGCUCUCAACGCCGGCUUCAGUUCUCCGCUUCAUAACAGAUCCAAUAAGGUUCGUAGUUUCACAACUCAAGCUACACCGUUAAAGCCUUCGCCUUUCGCGUUCCACAUUUCUCUAAAUGGUUCAACAAGUUUGUUACUUUCAAGCAAAAGAAGAUUGGUGUUAUCUUGUUUGGAGACAAACGAUAAUUCAAUCACAUCAACAUCGGUCGAUACUUCCUCUUCGGAUUCAAAUAAACCAGCAAGUGAAUCCGUCGAGUCAGGCAACAAUGGUUCUGCGAAAAGAGCACCAUUGACAGCAAGAGAGAGACUAAGAGCGGCUCGUGUGCUUAGCCGAUACACAGAAGCAACACCGAAACCAUCAAAACCCAAAAUGGGGAGCCAGAUUCUUGAGGUGCUCAAGGAAAGUGAUAAGAAAUCAAAUAGGAAACCGGGUCUACCGGAAGCACCAACCAACAUGCUUGAUGAUAGCAGGAGAGGUAUGCCAAAGAAAGGCCUUACAUUUGAUCUCCCUGGAAGCGCAGAUAUACUCGUCAUCGCUUUUUCCUUUGUCUUCAUAAGCACUGUGAUGUUUGCUACUACUUUUGUUGUCUGGAAACUCGGUGCCAUUCACUUCAACGAAAACUAAAUAUAAGAAGAUGUUGGACAAAGCCUAAUGGAUUUUCCAGAGUAGGAAAACUAUCAAAGCAGAAGAGUGAGAGUUGUAGUUGAAAUGCAUACUUGGGGAAGCUGAUCACUUGGCAAAGCUGGUUUGAGUGUAUACUGUCUAGUAGUACACAAUUUUGCUAUUACAUCUCUUCAUGCUUUAUUCUCAAGUUAUAGCAUUUACAUUGUAGUUUCUUUUUAUAAAACAGAUGUGGAAAUAGAUUGAUUAUACCC